AUGCCGGGGAAGCGCCCAUCUGCUUCGAAUUCCUCAGUGGGUCCGACACCUAAAAUGCUUCAAACCACUCUGGUUCCCCCACAACUCAACGGUAACGGCCAGAUCAGUAGAUUUUGGGAAGUGACCAAAUCUUUACUGAUCUACACACAUCCUGAUUGCAAAUCCAGUUCCAAGAUCAUGGGUUUCGACAUGGACGGAACCCUCAUCACGACGGCUUCUGGUAAAACCUUUCCAAAGGAUGCAAAUGACUGGAAGUUGCUAAAUGACCGGGUUGUCAGCAAACUCAAGGAGUACCACGCUCAGGGUUUUAAGAUCGUCAUUCUCUCUAAUCAGUCAGGCAUCACAAUGGGUUAUCUGGACGUAGCUGGAUUCCAGCGAAAGUUUGAAAGCAUUGCAUUUAAGCUGACUGUGCCCCUGCAGGCAUUCUUCUCUCUCUUGUCGGAUCGAAAUCGGAAACCAAUGAUCGGUAUGUGGGAACAGCUGGAAGAGAAGGGGAACGACGGUAUACCAAUAGACAAAUUGGCAUCAAUUUAUUGUGGUGAUGCUGCUGGUCGUCCAGCUGAGGGUUCACGUAAAAAGGAUUUCUCUUGCUCCGAUCGCUUGUUUGCUCUAAACGUUGGAUUGCCCUUUCGAACUCCCGAGGAACUUUGGUACGGUCAACCAGCUCCGAAGAAUUUUGUUUUGCCCAAAUUCAACCCACACUCUGUGCUAAAAGAAGGUUCGGGGACCAAAAUGCCCCCUCUGUCACGACCUAAAACUCCGGAAAUUAUCUUGAUGGUAGGCUAUCCUGCUUCUGGAAAGUCGUAUUUUUGUCAGAAGACGCUGGCACCAUUGGGUUAUACAGUCGUGAGCAGAGAUGUGUUAGGAACCUGGCAAAAAUGCGUGAAGGCAUGUGAAGAGGCCGUAGCUAGGCGUACUCCAGUCGCUGUGGACAACACAAAUAUGGACCGAGAAUCGCGUGCUCGCUACAUAAAGAUUGCUCAAGCUGCUGGAAUCCCCAUCCGUUGUUUCAUCAUGCAAACCGAACUAGAGCAUGCCCUACACAAUGAGAAGUUUCGUGUCCUGACUGAUAACAAGCAUGCUCCGAUCGGAAGCAUGGUUUUCAAUAUGUUAAAGUCUAAACAACAACCUCCAAAAAUUGAGGAAGGAUUCAGUGAAUUGGUCUCCGUCCCGUUCCUUCUGGAUACUACACGCAGUCAGAUCUCCCUCUAUACAAAGUACCUGCUUGAAAAGUAAACACUGCCAUGUCAAGAAAUUCCUUGGACAUUGUUGCACAUAACUGAGUAACUUAUCAUCGUCUCUAUUUUCACACUGGUCACGUUCGC